AUGGAAUAUUGUUUUUUCGCGAACGGACAAAAUUCCUCUUUUUGUAGUAAUCGCCUACAAAAAGAUGAACUAAAUGCUACACAAUCACUCGAGGCUUACGUUUGGAAAGCUAUGGAGGUUCAGGAAAGGUUGAAUUGUUGCAUUGAAGUAAUCAAAGAAGUGAGCAAAUUAAAUGCUUAUUCUUCAUCUGUUGCAUUUGAUACUGCUGCUGAAGCCGAUAGGAACUGGUCGGGGAAGCAGAAUAAACCACCUUUGUAUGGCAUCCCAUUCAGCGUAAAAGGCAAUUUCUAUGUAGGAUUUUGA